CAGACAAACCAUUCCAUUCCCCCUCAUUCACUCCCCCUUCCUCAACACACACUUUCCCUCCCUUUCUCUCCACUUUCCCAAAUCAUUUUUGUGAAUUCUUAGUGAAGGGAAGGGUAGAAAGCAUUUCCUUUGUAAUUCGCCUUUUUCAUUUAAUGGGUCUUACUUCUCUCCAAGUUUGCAUGGAUUCAUCUGAUUGGCUUCAGGGCACGAUUCACGAGGAGUCUGGCAUGGAUUCAUCAUCGCCGUCUGGAGACAUGCUCACGGCCUGUUCGAGGCCACCAGCACUGAUGGAGCGGAGGCUACGACCGCAACACGAUCAAGCACUUAAAUGUCCCAGGUGUGACUCCACGCACACCAAAUUUUGCUACUACAACAACUACAGCCUGUCGCAGCCGCGGUACUUCUGCAAGACCUGUAGAAGGUACUGGACCAAGGGUGGCACGCUGAGGAACAUCCCCGUGGGCGGUGGCUGCAGGAAGAACAAGAAAGUCACCACAAAAAAAUCAAAUGACCAUCAUCAUCAAUCAAUUGGCAGCGCAAAUAUUAUUCCUGGAUCAACAUCUAAUCCGACCGAUCUUCAGCUCUCAUUUCCAGAAAUGCAGCUUUCACACCUCAGUAAUUUUCUCGGAACUCAUGGUAAUUUUAGUACCGUUGGAAAUGCUAAUUUUGAUUUCAUGGAAAGUAAGUUGGAAGCCAUAGUUGGGAGUAGUGCUGCUGGUGGUUCCAGGAACUAUGAUUAUAAUGGGGAGUUGGGCUUGGUUGGACCGGGCGGUCUAGUGGACAUGGGUCCGCACGGACUGGCGGCAGCAAACCUUCAUGGGUUUUGUUAUGGGAUGUCCGUCGACGGCAAUGGCGGCGGGUUCAUGGACACGUGUCAGAGGCUGAUGCUUCCUUACGAUGCAAAUGAGGAUCAAAACGGUGUCGUUGAUGUGAAGCCAAACCCCAAGCUCUUGACCCUUGACUGGCAAGACCAUUCUGAUCAUGCCGGGAAAGACACUCUCGGGUAUUUGAACAACAUGCAGGGAUCAUGGACAGCCGGCAUGAUGAACGGCGGUUAUGGAUCUUCAACAUGCUGAGAUGUCUAAAAUAUAUCUCUGACAUGAUAAAACCAUAACCAUAAUGUGAAGACUCUUCCUGUGUCGAACCAAUUAGGAUAUAUAUCAGUUAUAUAUAUAGUUAUUACAUAUAUAUUAGGUGGUCAUGGUCAACUUCAUGAUCGACUAAGUUAAGGACGAGAACGGGGUGUGAAUGGGAAACUUAGAAAGAGUCCUAAAGACGACCACCAAAACCGUUUUUUUUUUUUUAAAGAGAACAACCACCUUAAUGGUGCAUGAUGAGUGCCUUUAUUUUUAUUUUUACUUUUAUUUACUAGUUGUUUUGGAUUAAUUGGGUGUCUGGCUGUGAAGGACAUUCAAAGGUUGUAGGAUUUUGUUGUUAUACGAGAAAGAUAUAGUAGUGCUUUUCUAUUUUCUAGUGUAAAAAGUAUGACUAAUGGUACUUUGAUAUGUUGGUCUUACUUUUUAUUAUAUAUUAUGUCUGUGAUUAUGCUUUUAUUAUUGACAAAGUGUAUUGUGAGACAUAAAAGGAACGGAAAGCA